GCGGGGGGACGCGGUGGCGCCGGGCCCGGCGCAGGCGGGGGCGGAGGCGCGAGCGGAGCAUGAAUGGGGCAAGAUGGCGGAUCAUGUGCAGAGCCUGGCCCAGCUGGAGAACCUGUGCAAGCAGCUCUAUGAGACCACGGACACGGGCACGCGCCUGCAGGCCGAGAAGGCCCUGGUGGAGUUCACCAACAGCCCCGAGUGCCUGAGCAAGUGCCAGCUGCUCCUGGAGAGAGGCAGCUCCUCCUAUUCCCAGUUACUGGCGGCCACCUGCCUUACCAAACUGGUGUCACGCACAAACAACCCCCUGCCGCUGGAGCAGCGCAUCGACAUCCGGAAUUAUGUGCUGAACUACCUGGCCACGAGGCCGAAGCUGGCGACGUUCGUGACGCAGGCGCUGAUCCAGCUCUACGCCAGGAUCACCAAGCUGGGCUGGUUCGACUGCCAGAAGGACGAGUACGUCUUCAGGAACGUCAUCAACGACGUCACCCGCUUCCUGCAGGACAGUGUAGAGCACUGCAUCAUAGGAGUGACAAUCCUGUCCCAACUAACGAAUGAAAUUAAUCAAGCGGACACCACCCACCCCCUGACCAAGCACAGGAAAAUUGCCUCUUCCUUCCGGGAUUCCUCUUUAUUUGAUAUUUUCACCCUGUCCUGCAGUUUACUGAAACAGGCUUCUGGGAAGAACCUGAACCUGAACGAUGAAAGCCAGCACGGGCUGCUGAUGCAGCUCCUGAAGCUCACCCACAACUGCCUGAACUUCGAUUUCAUCGGCACCUCCACGGACGAGUCCUCGGACGAUCUUUGCACUGUGCAGAUCCCAACCAGCUGGAGAUCAGCGUUCUUGGAUUCUUCGACCCUUCAGUUGUUUUUUGAUCUCUAUCAUUCCAUCCCUCCUUCGUUUUCUCCUCUGGUUUUAUCCUGCUUGGUGCAGAUCGCCUCCGUGCGCCGCUCCCUCUUCAACAACGCCGAGCGGGCAAAGUUCUUAUCUCAUCUCGUGGAUGGAGUGAAACGGAUACUGGAAAACCCUCAGAGUUUGUCAGACCCCAACAAUUACCACGAGUUCUGCCGGCUGCUGGCCCGGUUGAAAAGCAAUUACCAACUGGGAGAGCUGGUGAAGGUGGAGAACUACCCGGAGGUGAUCCGGCUCAUCGCCAACUUCACCGUCACCAGCCUGCAGCACUGGGAAUUCGCUCCCAACAGCGUGCACUACCUGCUGAGCCUGUGGCAGCGCCUGGCUGCCUCCGUGCCCUACGUGAAAGCCACGGAGCCGCACAUGCUGGAGACCUACACCCCCGAGGUGACCAAAGCCUACAUCACCUCCCGCCUGGAAUCCGUGCACAUCAUCCUCAGGGAUGGCCUGGAGGACCCUCUGGAGGACACGGGGCUGGUGCAGCAGCAGCUGGACCAGCUGUCCACCAUCGGGCGCUGCGAGUACGAGAAGACGUGCGCCCUGCUGGUGCAGCUCUUCGACCAGUCCGCCCAGUCCUACCAGGAGCUGCUCCAGAGCGCCAGCGCCAGCCCCAUGGACCUGGCUGUGCAGGAAGGGCGCCUGACGUGGCUGGUGUACAUCAUCGGCGCCGUCAUCGGCGGCCGCGUCUCCUUCGCCAGCACCGACGAGCAGGACGCCAUGGACGGGGAGCUGGUGUGCAGGGUGCUGCAGCUGAUGAACCUGACGGAUUCCCGGCUGGCGCAGGCCGGGAAUGAGAAGCUGGAACUGGCCAUGCUGAGCUUCUUCGAGCAAUUCCGCAAGAUUUAUAUCGGGGAUCAGGUGCAGAAGUCUUCCAAGCUGUACCGGAGGCUCUCCGAGGUGCUGGGGCUGAACGACGAGACCAUGGUGCUGAGCGUGUUCAUCGGGAAGAUCAUCACCAACCUGAAGUACUGGGGCCGCUGCGAGCCCAUCACCUCCAAGACUCUGCAGCUGCUCAACGACCUCUCCAUUGGGUACAGCAGCGUGCGGAAGCUGGUGAAGCUCAGCGCCGUGCAGUUCAUGCUGAACAAUCACACGAGUGAGCACUUUUCCUUCCUGGGAAUCAACAACCAAUCCAACCUGACGGACAUGAGGUGUCGGACCACGUUCUACACGGCCCUGGGACGGCUCCUCAUGGUGGAUUUAGGGGAGGACGAGGAUCAGUACGAGCAGUUCAUGCUGCCCCUCACCGCUGCCUUCGAGGCCGUGGCUCAGAUGUUCAGCACCAACUCCUUCAACGAGCAGGAGGCCAAGCGCACUCUGGUGGGUUUGGUGCGGGACCUGCGCGGCAUCGCCUUCGCCUUCAACGCCAAGAGCAGCUUCAUGAUGCUCUUCGAGUGGAUUUACCCCUCCUACAUGCCCAUCCUGCAGAGAGCCAUCGAGCUCUGGUACCACGACCCCGCCUGCACCACGCCCGUCCUCAAACUCAUGGCUGAGCUGGUCCACAACAGAUCCCAACGGCUGCAGUUCGAUGUCUCCUCUCCCAACGGGAUCCUGCUUUUCCGGGAGACCAGCAAGAUGAUCACGACCUACGGGAAUCGCAUCCUGACGCUGAGCGCGGCCGGGCUCCGGGGGCUCCGGGGGGGGGCCGAGCCCGUCCCGCUGCCGCUGGAGCCUUCUGGAGGCCGCGGGACAAAAGCGAGGCACCGCCGCUGCUCCGUCAGCAGCCGCCGGCCUGGGGACACCCGGCAGGCGCUGGGGACACCCGGCAGGCGCUGGGGACGAGCGGUGGCUUCUCGUCGCCCUGCGGGUCACCGCCACCUCCGUCCUCUCCUUGCAGAGGGAACAGCCGAGCCCCAGCGCGGUGCCGGCGCCCAGGGGGAUGUGGAGCCGCAGAGGCAGCGGUGA